GUCAGGCGCGGUGUUAUGCGAGCGAGGCCCCCGGACCCCUCGCGGGGCGGAAGUAGCGGCGGCGGGGCUGCGACGCAGGCCGGAAGUGCGGGAGGGGGCGAAGGGCGCGGCCUCGGCGGGCGGGUGCGCGCUUCUGAAGGAUCGGGAAGGUUCAGGAAACGCAAGUAUGACAAUUUCCCACAUAACCAGAGAAGAGAAGGGAAGGACGUUAAUGCCUCUUCACCCGUGAUGGUGGCCUUCAAAUCAUUUCAGCAGGAACUUGAUGCAAGGCAUGACAAGUACGAAAGACUUGUGAAGCUUAGUCGGGAUAUAACCGUUGAAAGUAAAAGAACAAUUUUUCUCCUCCAUAGAAUUACGAGUGCUCCUGAUUUGGAAGAAAUAUUGACUGAAUCGGAAAUUAAAUUGGAUGGUGUCAGACAAAAGAUAUUACAGGUAGCCCAAGAGCUGUCAGGAGAAGACAUGCAUCAGUUCCAUCGAGCGAUCACUACAGGACUGCAGGAAUAUGUGGAGGCUGUCUCUUUUCAGCACUUCAUCAAAACACGAUCAUUAAUCAGUAUGGAUGAAAUUAAUAAGCAGUUGAUAUUUACAACAGACGACAAUGAGAAAGAAAAUAAGACCCCCUCCUCUGAUGCACAGGAUAACCAGUUUGGUACUUGGAGACUGAAAGUCACACCUGUUGAUUACCUCCUGGGCGUGGCUGAUUUAACUGGAGAAUUGAUGCGGAUGUGUAUUAACAGUGUGGGGAAUGGGGACAUUGAUACCCCCUUUGAAGUGAGCCAGUUUUUACGUCAGGUUUAUGAUGGGUUUUCAUUUAUUGGCAACACUGGACCUUAUGAGGUUUCAAAGAAACUGUAUACCUUGAAACAAAGUCUGGCCAAAGUGGAGAAUGCUUGCUAUGCCUUGAAAGUCAGAGGUUCAGAAAUUCCAAAACACAUGCUGGCAGAUGUGUUUUCAGUUAAAACAGAAAUGAUUGAUCAAGAAGAGGGUAUUUCUUAGAAUAACACAACUUAUUAUUCUCUGGAGAACUCCUUAGAGAGACCAAUUUGUAAGACUGUUAUUUAGUAUUUCAUUUGACUUUAUUGUGGCUUUUACAUAGAAAUGUUUUUAGUUGACCUUGUUUUAAAUUGCAUACAAGCUGUACAUGAAAUGAUCCAAAUGAAUCAUUUCUUAUAUCUUAUUCAUGAAAGUUUGCUUACAAAUGUUUGCAUAUAUGCCUGUUUGAAUUUUUGCUGGUUAACCAUCAUCAUUUAUCUUUGUAAUGUGAACAUGCUUCAGUGUGUGCUUUCUGCCACACCUGUUUUAAUUUACUUUGUGUGAAUUUGGGAGUGGUAGUUUUAGUGGAAGCCAAUUAUAAUUCAAGUUGGUGAUUUGUUAUAUGUAGAAGAGAAUUCUUAAACUUCUUGGUAAUAUUGUGCCAAGCCUCCAACAUAGGCUUAUUCCAUGGAAUAAGAAUUAAAAACUAGGGCCGAGCCCGUGGUGCACUUGGUAGAGUGCUGUGCUGGGAGCGCGGCGACGCUCCCGCCGCGGGUUCGGAUCCUAUAUAGGACUGACCGGUGCACUCACUGGCUGAGUGCCGGUCACGAAAAAACGACAAAAAAAAAUAAAUAAAUAAAAAAGAAUUAAAAACUAACAAGCUAUCAAUAUGCUUUCAGUACAAGUUUAUGAGGUAUUAUAGUGAGAAUUUAUAUUAUAUUCUGGAUAAUUUUAGGCCAUUUUGAAUUUAUAUGAAAUAGCCUUCCAGAAAAAUUGACAGGUACCCAGAUGUAGUUUCAUCAUUUAUUUUUUGUUCUUUAUCACAGAAGAUCUGAUAGGGAAUUGGAGCUAACCUUCUAAUAUUUUCACUGGUGAGGUUGAGUUGAAUAAUAUUCUUGUACAUAUGAUGGAAAAGCUUUUAGUAGUGAUCAUUUAGCAAUUUUUUUGUCAUUAUAUUAGGCAUGUUUGGAGGCUUUCCUAGUCUAGCAUCUAUUAGAAAUUAUAUUUAAAUAAUUACAGUGAUGUUUUGAAAUACUGAGUUAAUCCAAACCUUUAUAGUUGUCCUGUGGUGUUAAUUGACAAGUUAAAGUUGCCAAAGAAAAUUUAUCACAUACAAUUCAGCAAUAAGACAAUUGUCGGCACAGUUGAUAAUAGCAGUAACAGUCUGUAGUCAUACUUUGCCUGCUGAACUUACAGAUUAUUACUUGUGCUGUGAAACUCACUUGAGCAUGACACUGUUGGCUGACAACCAGACGUUUCCAAUUGGUUUUCUGAAUUUUAAGAAUCUAGAUACUGGGUUUUAUUUUUGGAAAGAUUAGCUCUAUUUGUAAGGGCUGAUUCUUUGAAAAUGUAAUUUUCCAAAAAUGUCACCUAAAGGAAAAUAAAACAUACACUUGCCUAAUAAA